AUGUCCUCCCAGGUCUCCUUCCAGUACCGCCCCACGCAGACGCGCGGCGGGGCGGACCACGGCUGGCUCAAGACGCUGCACACCUUCUCCUUUGCGUCGUACUACGACCCGCGGUUCGAGUCCUUCGGCUCGCUCCGUGUGAUCAACGAAGACCGCGUCGCACCCGGAACCGGCUUCCCGACCCACCCUCAUCGCGAGGCUGAGAUCUUCAGCUACGUGCUCGGCGGCACGCUCGCGCACAAGGACUCCAUGGGCAAUGUCGAGGGCAUGACGCGCGGCGACGUCCAGAUGACCUCUGGCGGCACCGGCAUCCGCCACUCGGAGUACAACGGCGGCAAGGACGAGGUGCACUUCCUCCAGAUCUGGGCGCUGCCGAAUGCGCGCAACCUCACGCCCAAGUACUAUGCUCGCCACUUCUCCGAUGCCGAGAAGACGGACAAGUGGGCGCACGUCGUCGCGCCCACCUCCUUCCCCGGCGUCAUUGACGAGCGCGACGCAAAGGGCCCCACGCCCAUCCAUGCCGACCUCAACUUCUUCGCUACGCUUCUGAGCCCCGGCAAGGAGCUGAACAAGGAGGUCACGGACCGCAGCGACAACAGGCCCGGUGACAAGCUCGUCUACGUCCAGGUCGUCCAGAGCACCAAGUACAACACUGGCCCGGCGCUCAAGGACGGCGCCCACGUCGAGGUCUCGCUGGGCGGUCAGAACCAGGUCCUUGGGGAGGGCGAUGGCGUGUUCAUCCGCGGCGCCAAGUCCAAGGAUGAGAUCACCGUCAAGAACACCGGCACCAAGGUCGCCGAAGUCGUCCUCUUUGAGAUGGACAAGUGA